CACAAUGCAUCACUCUGCCACGUCUCCGGCCAUGUUGGUUGUCCGACAACUAAAAUACUAGCGACUGUCGGUAACUUUCUGUACCCCUACAAACAUGGGUGGCUCUCUUAGUUCCGAGAUCCCCGGUGGUGGCACCGAAGGAUAUCACGUCUUACGGGUACAAGAGGGAUCACCUGGUCACAAAGCCGGACUUGAAGCCUUCUUCGAUUUCAUUGUGGCAAUAGGCAAUUCUAGAUUGAACCAAGAUAAUGAUACUCUAAAGGAAUUACUAAAGACCAACGUAGAGAAGCCAGUGAAGAUGACUGUGUACAGCAGCAAGACCCAGGGGGUGAGGGAGGUGACCAUCGUCCCCAGCCACAACUGGGGAGGCCAGGGACUCCUUGGGGUCAGCAUCAGGUUUUGUUCAUUUGAAGGAGCUAACGAGAAUGUAUGGCAUAUCUUGGAAGUGCAACCCAACUCACCUGCUGAUCUGGCUGGGCUUAAAUCAAACACUGAUUACGUCAUCGGGGCAGACUCGGUCUUACAUGAGUCGGAAGACUUAUUCACAUUAAUAGAAUCCCAUGAAGCCAAACCCCUGAAGUUGUAUGUGUAUAACAUAGACACGGACUCGUGUAGAGAAGUCACAAUCACACCUAAUGGAGCCUGGGGAGGGGAGGGGAGCCUUGGCUGCAACAUUGGGUAUGGCUACCUACACAGAAUCCCGAAGCGCCAGUUUCCCUCAGGGCCCAACCAGCCAGGAGCAGAGGGAGUUCUUCCCGGCCAGGGUGCUUCAGGAGCAGCACCAGCUAAGUCUCCCGAUGGGUUCUCGGAGGUCUCUCUGAGCACGUCACCAGGUGGACUGCCAGCAGGCAUGGCCAAUAUCUCAUUAAACACAGGUUCCCCAACCAUCCCAGUCAUGCCUCCUGGGGGCCUCCCUGCAGGGGCCUCACCGCCCGGGGGAGCUUUCCCCUCACAGCCCCCUCUCCCUCUACCAAACUUUACAUCUGCUACAGGUUUACCCACUGGGAUGCCCAACCCUGCAGGUUUACCAACAUUGUCAUCAAUGCCACCUUUAACAUCGACAAUAUCUUUACCAGGCAUGCCCCCUGUCUCAUUGCCGCCCUUGUCAUCAAUGACUUCUCCGGGAAUGCCUAUGACAGGCCUGCCCCAUGUUCCAGUGUCGCUGCCAGCUCCUGUUCCUAUGCCCAACCUUGGACCUCUUCCCAACCUCGGCCUGACCCCAGUCAGCUCUGUGAUGACCCUGCCACCACCGGUGGUGAACGGCAGCACCGAGCAGCCUGCCGCAGAUGACGGACAAAUACAGGCUCCAGUUGCCAAGGUCGCAGACUCACCUGUCACACCACCAGAGGGAGCUGUGGCCUCAUCAUAAUGGAGAGAACAAUUCUAAUUCGGGAAAGGGUUUCUUGCGACAAACUAUUGUUUUACGUGAUCGAGAUUUGGUGUACAUAUAUGUACAAAGUCAUUUCAGUAGGCCAUGGGCUGGUGUAUUCCACAACCUGAAGUGACUUUCAUCUCGACUGGCAUGGACGACAAAGUGUUGAUGGAGUGCUGAAACAUACAAAUUUGGCAAGAAUGGAGGGGAUGUUCUGUUGAAUGGUCAGAGGAGCAGAACAGCCAAGCACGGAUCUGUUGCUGUAACUGCAAGAUCAAGCUGCACUAAGCCAUACCCUACAUAAACCUAUGCCUCUGUAAUUGAUGUUAAUAUUACCAUGGUUACUAGCUGUAUUCUGUACAUAUAUCUCAUGUCCUCGUAGUGAAAUGGAGAGAAGGGUGGCCCAAUGUUUUCCAAGUUUGUUUUACUUUAUACUUUAUAAGGAUCUACUGAAAAUGUAUCUUGCUGGGGUACUAGAAAGAAGAGUUGUGUCCCCUACAUCUUUACCUUAUGGUUAUGAAAAGUUCAAGACUUAUUUUGGACUUUUCCCAUUGUACUUGUAAAUACUUCUGUAAACAGAAUUUGGGAAUCUGUGUAAAAAGGUAGAAAAGAUACCUUAUCUAUAACACGUUUUUCUGAACAAGAAUUGUUCAUAUUGCUUUAUGUGAGAUAAGUUGCCAUGGUUACUUACAAAUAUUGGCUGGUAAUAUUCAGCAUGUUCAUUGCAUAUCCUAAUGUCAGUAAUAUUGGAACAUGAAGUAAUUUUAUGGAGAAGUGCUUUUGGUCUGCUUAUUUGCAUUUCUGAAAACCUAGUGCUCAAUAUAUGUAAGCUGGCAGUUUGACAUUUCACUGUGAUGAAAUCCUGACCAUUGAACAUUUUUCUGUUGCAACAUGUAAAAUAAUGUUGAACUAUCUAAUGAUUUUUAAAACAUCAUUAGAUAUUUCAACAGUUUUUACCUAGUUGUUGAAUUUUAAUUUAUGGCAGCAGAGUAAAAUGAAGAUUGAAAGUGUGAUUUAUGAUUUUCUAGAGGAUUUAAUUUAAAUGAGAUAAUGUACAAAUUCUAUUUUGUUACUGCAAUGUUAUAUUUGUAUUUACAAAUACCACAUGGUUGUCGGUAUGCACAUGUAGCAUACGAGCAGAGUGCUUGUCAGUCGAAUCUCCAAGAAAGUGGUAGAAUAUACAAACGUUGGUUACUGCAAGUCAUCACCCAACUAGAAACCAUAUUUGUCCUGUUACACAUAUUAUCAAGACUUAACAUCUCAUCGUCAUCACAGCUUUACAACUGAAUACUUCACAUGGUAACAGUUUUCUGUUGAUUCUUUCUAAUGGAUUUCUUUAAGAAGUAAUAAAGAGUUGCCUCCCUUGUAUGAGAAGCAUUGGCCUUUACAAAUAACUGGUUAUUGUAUGGAAGUGUGUAUUGAUAAUCCUAUAUAGAUGUCACUAAUAUAGUUGCCAGGCUGUAUUGUUGGUUUAUAGAAUUAAAGGAGUUAAUGACUUAUCUCGAGAUAUAUCGAUAUAUGCUGGGGUAGAUUUAUUCUUUAAGAUUCUGCUGCAUGUCUCAUUUGAAUCAUUCUUCCAUGUUGCUAAUUUUGGAAGCAAAGAUAUACAGAUUAAGAUAUUAUUGAUUGGGCUGUAAUGGUAUUGGACGUAUAACAUAACUUAUAUUUACUAUGAAUGACAGUCAUUGUGAAAUUUUAUCUUUCAAAGCAGUGAAAAUGAUUAUCAACUUCUGCAUGUGGUAAGGCAAACUGGGAUAUAUGUAAGAAUGAAUGUUUAGAACAGUGAUUAAUUCACUUGUUCUUUGCUAUUCUCCAUCAUUCUGUGAGAAUGUUCCAGAAGGAAUGUUGAUUGUGCUACAAAUUUUCAUGUUUAUGACAGUUUAAAUACGUGGUAGUACAGGUUGAUGUUAUGAUGUGGCAAUAUCUUUACAGACCAUGUGUGUGAACAAAUGUGGGACAGAUAUGGCAUGGUUUUGUCUUUGAAAAUAAAUUAAGAAUUGGUA